GGAAAAUAAAGGUUGGGAUUUUUCCAUCAUUUUGGGGAAACUUCAUUAUGAAUAUGGUAGUUAUGAGCAUCAACUUCACCUUCAGGAGGAUGAUGGAAACAAGAUUAAAGCAUACCAAAAUAGAACUCCAGAAAGACAAAUGGAAAACACACAGGAUGGAAACCUGGGGGACUGGUUCAAGAUCACAGUCCCUUAUGGGAUAAAAUAUGACAGGACAUGGCUAAUGAAUUCAAUCCAAAGCCAUUGCAGUGUCCCCUUCACUCCAGUGGACUUCCACUAUGUUAAUCACCUGGCCCAGUUCUUUGUCCAGGAUGCUAGUGCUGCCUCUGCAUUGAAGGACAUAAACUACAAGAUUUUUGAUGAGGAGAACCAAAAGAUACCUAUCUUUGUUAAUACUUCUGCUGCACCCUACUCUGUGAGCAAUAAGUUGGAGCCAGAAAAAAUGGAACAGCUAAAGCUGACCAUAAGCAAACGAUAUGACGUUUCCCAGAAAACUCUUGACCUUCAUAAGCUCCGCUUUGACCCAGACUUACUGGGCCAUGAUAUUAUUAUAAUCCUGAAUCGAAGAAACUACAUGACUGCCAUCCUGCAGACCAUCAAAAAGAAUAUCCCUGAGCUGUUGUCCUUGAACUUGUGUAAGAACAAACUGUGCCACCUGGAUGGCCUGUCCGAUAUUAUACAGAUUGCCCCCACAAUAAAGACCCUGAACCUUUCAAAAAAUGAGCUAAAGUCAGCCAAGGAGUUGGACAAGAUAAAAGGGCUGAAGCUCGAAGAGCUGUGGCUGCAAGGGAACCCCUUGUGCAAUACCUUCCCAAACCAGCCAACUUACAUAAGGUUGGUGAAAACACUGUCACCCUUUCUGGGAGAGAUCUUUCCUCCACCCCCUAAGAACCAAAUGAUUCCUGACUCUGAUGGCCAGGAUUUACCUCCACCAACUGUAACUGGCAUUGUAGACAUGGACAUAAUAAAACCCUGUAAGGAAAGCUUUAAAGGACCUGAGACCCUGAAGAAUCUAGUCUUUCAAUUCCUGCUUCAAUAUUAUUUGAUUUAUGAUUCUGAAGACCGAGAAAGUCUCCUCAGCGCUUACCACGAGGAGGCCUGCUUCUCCCUGACUGUUCCCUUCAACUCCAAAGACCCAGCCCUAAGCAACUUGUGCGAGUACUUAAAGGAUAACAGGAAUAUGAAGAACCUCAAGGAUUCUGACCUGCGGUUUCAGCUACUGAAGCAUACAAAGUGUGAGAUUGUGAACUCCCUCUGUGUGUUCCCCAAAACUCAGCAUGACCUUAACUCCUAUGUGGUAGACCUGUGGGCCCACACGGAAAUUAUGCUCUGUUUUUCUGUCAGUGGGGUUUUCAAGGAAGUGGAAGGAAAGUCUCAAGGUUCUGCCCAUGCCUUCACCCGGACCUUCAUCUUGUCUUCUGGCAGCAAUUCCAGUAUGUGCAUCAUGAAUGAUAUACUGACUGUGGGGAAUGCCAGGACAGAAGAAACCCAGAGUGCAUUCUCCAUUCCAGUACCUACACCCACCUUCAGCUCCCUAUCUACCCUCUCCCAGGAGCAGCAGGAAAUGGUGCAGAGUUUCUCCAUCCAGUCUGGGAUAAGCCUCCAGUGGUCUCAGAAGUGCCUUCAGGACAAUGAGUGGAACUAUAUCAAAGCUGCUCAGGUCUUCACUACGCUCAAGGCCCAGGGCAAGAUCCCAGAGGAGGCCUUCAAACAAACCUCUUAAAAGGAGCUCUUG